AUGGCGGAAGAUAAUAUGGAUAUUGAUGAUCCUGUUGAUAAUGCAAUUACCAAUUCGUCUGUUGAAGACAAACCGAAGAAGUUCCAAAUUAAAAAAUGGACUGCCGUUGCAUUCUGGUCAUGGGAUAUAGCAGUGGAGAACUGCGCCAUUUGCAGGAAUCAUAUAAUGGAGCCUUGUAUACAGUGCCAGCCAAAUGCUAUGACGGAUACGGAUAAUGAGUGUGUUGCUGCGUGGGGUACAUGUAAUCAUGCGUUUCAUUUGCACUGUAUAAAUAAGUGGUUACUUACCAGGAAUGCCUGUCCGUUGGACAAUAAAACAUGGCAGUUCGCAAAGUAUGGGAAGUGA